AUGCCGACGCUUGCCGCCUUCGCGGACGCGUUGUGGGUGGCGCAGUGGGAGAGGAGGAGGAAAAUUCCGGAGCGUCUCCGGGCUCUUGCGCAGCGGGAGUAUGAGAUGCUGUGGCUGUUGACGGUAAGGGCGGAGCAGUAUCGGGCGAUGGAUGCGAUGGUACAGCGAAGGCGGGAAAGACGCGGGCGCGAGCAGGUGGUGCGGAUGAUGCAGGGCCUGGCGGGGUUGGGCUCUUCGAGGGAGCAAUCGCUGAACGGGUGUGCAAGGUGGGUCAAGGCGGAGCGAGCGCGGCUCGAGAAGGAGCGGAGGCUUGCUGGGCCAGGGGCAUCGCCCAGACCGCUGUCGCUGACCCCGCGGUCGCGGGCGAAGAUCGAAGCAGACCAGGCCCGGCUGGAGAACGAGCGGAGAGAGUCAGAUACGGCAGAGCAGCGGGCGAUGCGUGGGGAUUGGGUACAGUGGGACUGUGUGCUGCGUGAGUCCGAGAAAGCGAGGAAGAGACGGACGGAGCGACAUAGGCGAGAGUGCAAGGAACGGUACAGGCGGACCCUGCCCCAGAGGCAGGAGAAAGCGCAGCAGCAGCAGGGGCUGGCCGGCCAGUUGGAUUAGCUGUCAUUGAUCGACCCGAUGCUGCUGCAGUCGACGACUUGGGAGCUUCAAACGCAAGACUAGCCCCCUGCGGAAAGGGGGGGUGGGGGGGGUCAGAACUUGUUUCAAGCGCACGCUGUGGCGAUAGUUCAUCUCGGAAGAGUUCCUUUCUUUGUUAGUACAUUGUUGGCCGAGUAUGUUCUUGUCGAGCGAGAAGCGUGUUAGAUUUCGAUAAUGGGUGUGUCUCUCCGUGGCUUGUAGUUUCAUUUACAUAGUACUAUAGACUUAGCAGCAUCCGUGAUGAGCGAAACCACCUCCUACAUUUCUUCCUUUUCCACAAAGAGUCUCCAUCAGCUCAGCUACUGCUACUACUGCCUCUUCUUCACACUCUCCUGCUGUGAGCUCGCACUAACAGCCAGCUCCCCUAUCCAGGACGAUA